UGCAACAAGGAUUUUACUAACUUUUUUAAAGGAAUAAAAAGGAGUUUUCCUAAAUUAACUAUAGUAGCUUUACCUCACAGUCAUUACAUAACAUAAUGGAUGUCUCAAUUUUCAAACAACAUCAAAAUUAAAACAGAAACCAAUCAAGACAGAAUGUCACAAAUAUCUGAUUAUACACAUAAUGUGUCUCUGAGACUAUCUCAAGUGCUUGAUGAGAUUGGAGUGAAUGAGAGAAUAGUGUUGAAGAGGAGAAGACUAAGACUACUGCGAGAGACUUUAUUCACAAUACCAUAUCAAUUAAGGACUUAUAAUACUUCAGUGUAUUGCUUUGGCAGUCAAACAGAAAGUACAACGACACCGGGACUUCAGUCAGACUUUGACUGUCUUUACAGUAUCAAUAAUUUUAAUAUAAUAACAGACUGGAGUGAAUGGGAACCUGGUGUAAAGAAUUUAUUGAUGAUCCAGGAUGAGACUGUAUCACCUGGAUACUGUUUGUUACAACAUCUGAGAGAUGAUGCUCCUCUUCCAUACAAUGAUGUACUGAAUGAAGAUUUUUACAGAGAUAGGAGAGGAAGAGUACUGCUGAAGAAUACACUCAUCAAUGUUGCUUAUGAAGAGGGAAGAGUGAGACAUGGUCCAGCACUAUCAGAACAAGAAGUACCUGGUGUUUAUGAUUUAGACAUAGUAUUUGCACUUCCCUGUAAAUCCUGGCCUGUACAAGCCAACCACUGGUUAGAUGAGCAAGGUGUUGGAGGAUGGCCUACAGAAGAAAUGAGAAGGUACUGCAGCAGUACUGGAUGUUUUGUUGUAGCUGUUGGAAACAAAGGCAGUGGAAACAGAGAACUUGAAUGGAGAAUAUCUACUUCGCUAACUGAGAGGUGUUUAAUGUUUAAUUUAAACAUUACACAAGUCAGAUGUUAUGUUCUAAUGAAAAUGAUUUUAAAAACCUUCAUCAGUUCACAGUAUCCCGAGAGCAUUUCCAGUUUCAUGUGUAAAACAGUAUUACUUCAUUGUAUUGCUAACACACAAUCUAACGCCUGGAGGGAAAACACCCUGCUUACAUGCCUCACACUUUGUUUAUCAACACUUUACGACUGUGUUUUAAAUGAAGUUUGUCCACACUUCAUCAUCCCAGACAACAAUUUAAUGGCAGAACGUUUUUUACCUCACAUUAAACCCUUCAUACUUGACACACUUCAGUAUGUGGCUAGCAGUAAUGGAAGAGCAUUACUAGAGAUAGACUGUGAUAGACUUGGCUUGAGACUUCAAAUGAAGAACAAUGGCAUCUGUGUAAUAGAUCCACAAACGAUACCCACCUUUAUUUCAGGACAAUUAUUCAAAGAUGUGGCUCUAGAUAUAGCACAUGUAAACAAAAUGUUACUUUCUGAAACCAACAAUAGCUUUAACAUACCAGCAGUACUGCAGCUGUUAUCAACAUGCAUGUUCAAACAUGUCUACAAGUAUUUAGAUGCCAACCAAAAACAAGAUAAAAUAGCUGGUAGUGUUACUGCACAGCAGUUAUGUAAAACUCUAGGAUCUGUUCUAGCCUCCUCAAACAUUUAUCAUCAAGGCAAUAUAUCGAUGGAGACUCUCACUUGGUUGUCAUUUGGACUGAACUCUGAUGUUUCAUCCGGUAAACUGAAAUUAGCAUCAAUCUUUUACUGCAUGGAAGAUACUGAAAGAACAGACAUGAUCGUGAAAGACACUGAAGAAUGCUAUGAUCUCAGUGUGGUGGAAGCUGUAUGUGCCUGCCAUAAUUUUGAACAUCAAGACAAAAGAAGUGCAUUCAACAGGUUAUCUUUUCAACAGAAUGAAGAACAUGUUCUAGUGAAACAUAUAACUGCAUUCUGUGUCAUAUUUUUGCCAUGUGAAAUAAACUGCUGUCCCUAUGAGCUGCAGCAUGAAAUGUUUAGAUCCACACAGGAAGACUUAGCUUACAGAAGAAAAUAUGACUACUGGAUGGACUGGGCUGUAGUGGAUUCCCUGCCUUAUCUCUAUUUUCUACAAUAUAAGACAUGUAACAGUUUAAGAAGACACGAUGAUAAAAAAAGAGCAUUAUCAAAUCUUGUAAGGGCCAUUGAUGAGGAAGCAAACCUCGGACACAGAGAAACAGCCUUGAACCUGCUUGGACAGUGCAUGGAACAAGAAAACAGAAGUACUGAUGCUUUAAGGUGCUACCUGUUGUCUGUUCAGAUACGGGAAAGAAAUAAUGCUGCAAAGCUCCAUAUUUGUAUACUUUUAAACACACUGAUAAAUCAUUAGCUGAGGUUAAAACUCCUCUUCAAUGACAAACCAAACCUUCUGGAAGCAAUUCCUAACUUUUUUAAUCAUGGUGGUGCAAUGUUCACCAGAUAUAUCACGGAUAUGUGUGUCAUGAAUUGCCGUAUUAUUACAGUAAUCUUAUUUGGCGUGUCAUGGUCACUUACACCUUUUUAACGUCAGACAUCUUUAGUUUAUAUACAAAGAGUAAAUAAAAGGUCGAACUGGGUACACUAAGCUUUUAUUUUUACUUUCUACCCACAUAAUUAUCUGAAAUUACUGGUGCCAUGACAAAACUAUGAAUCUUCAAAAACUUAGUCGCAAAGAGUAGGUCAUAAGAGAAAAAUCAAGGAAACAAAAGAGAGAAAUUAGUGCUGAUAAUGUUUGACGCUACAUUAC